GGGACUAAAACAGUUUGCUUGGCCAUCACUGAACAACCUCUUUCGUCCAGUGUGGUAUUGCUGCCAACGGUCAAAAAUCAAAAACCCUAACUCGGUGUUGGUGAUUGCGUUUUGAGCCACGAACGAGGGGAGGUACUAUACAGUGGAUUGCGGAAACCCUAUUAUUUGGGGGAACCGAAGCUUUUCAAAUUGAAGUUUUACGCAAUGGGAGCUGUUAAGUUGGAACUUCGUUGUCCCCAAACUGUUGAGGGAAUUGCUGCCGACCCUGAACCUGAUUGGAGCUUCGAUGCUCUUUUAACAGAGCUUAAUGCAUUGGAAACAAAACUUAGUAGCUCUUCCAAAGUCCCAAUGCCAUUCACUAAAGUGCAAUCGCGUCAAUUUUCAAAUGUGAAGAGCGUAGAAAGAAGUUCUAGGCCAUUUGUAAUGCGUGUCCUCGAUGAUGAGGUGGAUGAAAUUGACAAUGCAUAUGAGGAAGCUCAAAAUAGAAGCUCCCUUUCUGCUAAUCGGUUUAAUUUUAACGAUCUUUAUGUUAGUGAUGAUGACGACUCUGAGAAUGAGUCAGCUCUUGAAAUUUAGCCAUACUUGAUGGAGGAAACAGGAUUGGUGGAAGGAGGUUUGAUGGAGCUAACCAGUGAACAUCAGCUUG